CCAUGCAGGGGCUCCUCCUCUGUUGCUUUGUGGCCCUGGCCACGUGCCAAAGUGUCCGUUAUGAGCUGAGCCUGAAUCCUAAGAAGACCUACGAGUACAAAUAUGAGGGAGUGGUGAAUUUUGGACUCGGGAUGCCAAACCUUGCUGAGUCUGGUGUGAGGAUGGUGUGCAAGGUUAAGAUCGUUGGUGCAUCUGCACAAACAUUCAUCCUUCAGGUUUCAGAUUUAGCCUUCGAAGAGUUCAACGGCUUCCCAGGGAAAAACAGCUUUAAUGCCUCCCCAAAGCUCACCCAACGUAUCGCUGCCCAGCUCGUCAAACCCUUCAUGUUUGACUACGCCAGCGGGCACGUUGGUGACAUCCGCGCAUCUGCUGAGAUUUCUGACACUGUUGUCAACAUUGUGAGGGGAAUACUGGGUUUCUUCCAAGUGACUGUCAAGACCACACAGAGGAUCUAUGAGCUGGAAGAAGUUGGCAUCCAUGGCAAGUGCCAGAGUAACUACGCUACUGAAGAAAACAAGGAAACAAGGGACAUGACCAUCACUCAGGUUGUGGACGUCACUAACUGCAGGGAGAAAGCAGCCAUCUACAGGGGAAUGGCUUCUGCUGUGCUCGACCAAAUCUCCAAACAGAGAGGGGAAUCUGUCAUUUCAACAGUGAGAUAUGUUUACACAGUCAAACCAACAGCAGAGGGAGGUCUCAUUACCAGGGCUCAUGGCCUGGAGCGACAGCACUUCAGUCCCUUCAAUGUGAAGGGCGGAAGUUUCAAGAUGGAAGCGAUGAAGGAAAUGGUGCUGCUCGGCGUGAGUGACACAGCGAGAGCCGUCAUGUUUGGGCCAGUGGAAAGCAAGGGCAACCUUGUUUACAAGUUUGUCAAUGCCGAAGCUAAUGUCCCCAUUUUCAUGCAGAACCUGGAAGACCCAGUACCGAAGGCUAUUGAAUUGAUCAAGCGUCUGGCUGAGGCUAAUAGAUAUCAGAUUGACAGGGCAACAACUGAAGAUACUAUAAAGCUGUAUCAACUCCUGCGAGUUGUGCCUUAUGAAGGAUUAGACGUCAUGUGGAAGCAAUUUGCAGGAAAUGAAGAACAUAGACGCUGGUUUUUGGACAUGAUUGUUGAGGUCGGUGAUGCAAGAAUCUUAAAGUUCCUGGAAAUUAGAUUUCAGGCUGGGGAUGUGUCUGCAACUGAAGCUCUGGAAACCCUUUUGCUGGCAUUUAACCAUCUGCAAGCUAUUCCUGAGUUGGUUGAGAUGGCUAAAAUGUUCCUGAGCAUACCUUUCAGUAAAUCCAACAUAUAUCUGUGGCAUACUGUGGUGCUUUCCUAUGGUUCUCUGGUGUAUAAGCACUGUGCAUAUUAUACACCCUGCCCAGUAACUGCUGUUCAGCCACUGCUGGACAUGGCCACGGCGGCUCUGAGGAAUGGCAAUGAGGCAGACAUGGUCAUCGCUCUGAAAGCUCUGGGGAACGCAGGUCAUCCGGGCAGCAUUAAAACCAUCAUGCGCUUCCUCCCCGGAGUGGCUGCCACCCCGGCGGAUCUGCCACCUCGUGUGCUGAGUGCUGCUGUGCAGUCUAUGAGACUCAUAGCCGCCAGAGACCCUCACAGUGUCCAAGACAUCACCAUGGCUCUGUUCCUACAAAAGAGCCUUCCCACUGAGAUUCGCAUGAUGGCUUUCAUGAUCCUGUUUGACACUAAGCCAUCAAUGGCUCUGGUGUCCACAGUGACUGCACAUUUACAGCAGGAGAAAGACCUCCAUGUUGUUAGCUUCGCGUAUUCCUACCUGAGAAGCUUUGCCAGAUCCAGUACUCCAGACAAUCAUUUCCUUUCGACUGCCUGCAGUUUAGCUGUGAAAAUCCUGGCCCCUAAAUUCGGUCGUCUCAGCUACCACUACAGCAAAGCAGUGCGCAUGGACUGGUUCAAUGAUGAUUUCCUAAUUGGCACAGCGACAGAAGCCUUCAUGCUAAGAAGUGCAGCAAACAUCUUUCCUACUGAAAUCAUAACGAAAGGAAAAUUUUAUUUCAUUGGGAGAAUUCUGCAGCUACUGGAGUUGGGUGUCCGUGGUGAAGGAAUUAAGGAGUUGUUUGGUACCGGCAUUCCCGGAUUUAAAGGAGAUCUAAGCUUCAGUGACUUCCAGGCUAUUUUCAAUGUGCUUCAGAACUGGGAAAGUCUGCCCAGUGAUAAACCAGUCUUUUCUGCUUAUUCACGUGCCUCUGGACAAGAGUGGUUCUUUGCUGAUAUCAACAAAGGGUUCAUUCAGAAUAUCAUCAGGGCUGUCAGUCCUUCUGCGGGGAAGGAAAGCCCUCUGUGGGCCGCGAUUGAGAAUUUACACAGGGGAGUCUCGUGGCAUUGGACAAAACCAUUCUUGAUCUUUGAGGUUCGCUACUUCCAAGCUACCACCCUGGGUCUCCCACUGGAGAUUAGCAAAUAUUAUGAAACAGUCAAUGGGAUCAUGGUUAACGCCAAAGCUGCAGUAAAUCCACCACCGACUGAACGUCUUGGACAACUCUUCAAUUCUGAAAUAUCACUAGAGACUGAUGGUUUCAUUGGUUUCACAAAGGAUUUCUGGGUUUUCUACGGGAUCAACACAGAACUGUUCCAGUGUGGGUCUGAGUUUAAGGCCAAAAGCCCUAUCACUAUUCCAUGGAGGUUUUCGGCUAAGAUCAACGUACAAGAAAAGAAGUUUGAAUUCGACUUUCCUGCAUGCAAAAAAGAGUUUGAAAUCUUUUCAGUCAGCUCCAAUGUGUAUGCAGUCUCCAGGAACAUUGAAGAGCCUGCUAUGGCUAAAAUGACCCCAGUGAUGCCCAAUGCUAUUGACUCUAAUGAUGAAGUUGCCCGCAAGGGUCCCACAGUCGUGAGGCCCGAGUCAGAUCAGAUUGUGGCACCAAACGCCUGGCAUCCAAGAUCCAAAAUGUGCGCUGAGAGUAACAUUUAUGGAGCUGGUGUCUGUGUGGAGUCUGAGUUAAGGAGAGAGUAUUAUCAUGAGGAAUACCCCCUGUACUAUUUCUUGGGAUACACCCACUUUGCAUUCAAAGUAGUCCCAGCCCAGGCAAUCAAAGCUGUUGACAAAAUCCACUUUGAGGUUAAUGCCGGCCCAAGCAGACAUCCAAUGAGCACACGCCAACUGCUUGAGACUCUGAGGAGGCUUUCCAAGGAAGCCACUCAGCGAGUACGCCUGUCCUCUGAUUCGGCCUCAAGCAUCAGAGGAUCUCAUCACAGCGAUCACGACAACUUAAUGAAAGGCUGGGAUUCAGCACCUGAAGCUGUGUUCAACAUCAAAGCUUUUGCCAUGAGUGGCAACCAGAAGCCUGAGGGAUAUGAUGCAGCCAUGUACUACACGCCAGAGGCAAAUAUUCAGAACACCCAAAUGAUUGUGUCCCAGGUUGGAGAAGACACCAACUGGAAGAUGUGCGUGGACACCAUUUUGGAUGCCCAAGCUGAGGCAAAGGCACACAUCAGAUGGGGAUCUGAAUGUCAGUCCUAUGAAAUGUCAAUGAGAGCUGCAACUGCACAUCUGCCUGGUUCCAAGCCAACACUCAAGGCCAAAGUACACUGGACCAGGAUCCCAGAAACCAUGGCAGCGAUGGGCAGCAGAAUUGAAAGCUACAUCCCAGGCAUGGCUUUUCUUCUCGGCUUCUACCAGCAACAUGAGAGAAAUGCCAGACAGGAGGUUUCCGCAUCAGUUGUUGCUGCCUCAGCUGACAGCGUCGAUGUGAAGAUUAAAUUCCCAGAGUAUACAGUCUACCGCCAGGCUAUUCCAGUUCCACUACCACCGGCCAGUUUUCAGGAGUUUCAACACGACACCAGAAACACAACAAUAGAUGGAUUUGGACUUGCAUAAAAACAUGAAGACAACAAAGCCCAGAUGGGAGCCAGAUGCCUCUUUUCACAGAGAUAGCACUGCAUCCACAAUCUCACCACCAUGAUGAAAGUGAGGAUCAUAAAAGAUGUAUCAGUAAUCCCUCAGAUGUCACCAGUUUGGAAAUAACCUGUAAAGGUCUUGAUUUAUUCAUUCCAAAGUGUGUUAAUAUUUGAACACAUUCUUUUGAAGAAAUAUCUUCUUAAUUCCUGCUUAUGUUCCAAAAUAUUGUAUCUUCAUAAAACUGGAUUUUUACCGAUACUGUUUCAGCAAGUUUUGUUUUCUGUUCUGAUUCUGUCACUACAAAUCCUUUGUUCAUCCAGCACUGUGCUAAA